GCCACCCGCAGGACAUUUCUGAUUGAUUGCAUCCUUGAAGAGCAUCAGUAGAAGAGGAAAAAAAAGAUGGGUGUGAAAACAUUUACUCACAGCUCCUCUUCCCACAGCCAGGAAAUGCUGGGAAAACUAAAUAUGUUACGAAAUGAUGGACAUUUUUGUGAUAUCACUAUUCGUGUCCAGGAUAAAAUCUUCCGGGCUCAUAAAGUGGUACUAGCAGCUUGCAGUGAUUUCUUUCGCACAAAACUUGUGGGCCAAGCAGAGGAUGAGAACAAAAAUGUGUUAGAUCUUCAUCAUGUUACAGUGACUGGCUUUAUACCUCUUUUAGAAUACGCUUACACAGCCACUCUGUCAAUUAAUACAGAAAAUAUUAUUGAUGUUCUAGCUGCAGCCAGCUAUAUGCAAAUGUUUAGUGUUGCUAGUACCUGUUCAGAGUUCAUGAAAUCUAGUAUUUUGUGGAAUACACCCAAUAGCCAACCAGAAAAGGGUCUAGAUGCUGGGCAAGAAAAUAGUUCUAAUUGCAAUUUUACUUCUCGAGAUGGAAGUAUUUCUCCAGUGUCUUCAGAGUGCAGUGUUGUGGAAAGGACCAUUCCUGUCUGCCAAGAAUCCCGGAGGAAAUGCAAAAGCUACAUUGUGAUGUCUCCCGAGAGUCCUGUAAAAUGUAGCACACAAACAAGUUCACCCCAGGUAUUGAAUUCCUCAACUUCCUAUGCAGAUAAUAGAAAUCAGCCAGUUGACUCUUCCUUAGCUUUUCCAUGGACUUUCCCUUUUGGAAUUGAUCGAAGGAUUCAGCCUGAGAAAGCAAAGCAGACAGAAAAUACCCGGACUUUAGAGUUGCCUGACCCAUCUGAGGCAGGUAGAAGAGUGACUGACUACGUGACUUGUGAGAGCACAAAAGCUACCUUGCCUCUAGGUACAGAAGAAGUUGUGCAGGUCAAAGUAGAAAGAUUAAGUGAUGAGGAAGUCCAUGAGGAAGUGUCCCAGCCUGUCAGUGCGUCUCAGAGCUCACUGAGUGAUCAGCAGACAGUGCCGGGAAGUGAGCCAGUUCAAGAGGACCUUCUGAUUAGUCCACAGUCUUCCUCUAUAGGCUCAGUAGAUGAAGGAGUUACAGAGGGGUUGCCUACACUUCAAAGCACUUCUAGCACCAAUGCUCAUGCAGACGAUGACGACAGAUUGGAAAAUGUUCAGUAUCCCUACCAACUCUACAUUGCUCCUUCUACCAGCAGUACAGAACGACCAAGUCCAAAUGGUCCAGACAGACCUUUUCAAUGUCCAACCUGUGGGGUUCGAUUCACCCGUAUUCAGAACCUAAAACAGCACAUGCUUAUCCACUCAGGAAUUAAACCAUUUCAGUGUGACCGCUGUGGAAAAAAGUUCACCAGGGCUUACUCGCUAAAGAUGCAUCGCCUAAAGCAUGAAGGUAAAAGCUGUUUCCGGUGCCAGAUAUGUAGUGCCACUUUCACUUCCUUCGGGGAAUAUAAACACCAUAUGAGGAUUUCCCGGCACAUUAUCCGCAAGCCUCGGAUUUACGAGUGCAAAACAUGUGGCGCCAUGUUCACCAACUCUGGAAAUUUAAUCGUGCACCUGAGGAGUCUGAACCAUGAAGCAUCAGAGCUAGCAAACUACUUCCAGAGCAGUGAUUUCUUAGUGUCGGACUACUUAAACCAGGAGCAAGAAGAGACUGUUCAGUAUGAUCUUGGAGAAAACACUUUUGAAAGCAACUCUUCUGUUCAAAUGCCUGUGAUUUCACAGGUCUCCUCAACCCAGAAUUGUGAAAGUUCUUUCCCUUUGGGGUCUCUUGGUGGGCUUGCAGAGAAGGAGGAGGAUGUGCAAGACCAGCCAAAGACCAGUGCUCAUGCUGAGGCCACCCAAGAUGACCCCCCAAAGUCAGAGCUGUCUUCUAUAACUAUCGAGUAAUUUUGUGAUUUGGCCUUGGUUUUGGUUUUUGGAAAGUGCCUGUGCUUGGUCUUUAAUGUUUAAAGUUA